AUGGGAUCUCUGUGGAGUUCGGACCAAUCCAAUUUGAGUGAAGAGCAACUCGCGUUAAUCCAGUCCAAAUCCAUAGACCAGAUCAUCCGCAAAGAAGCCUGGAUCAUCAAAAAUAUGGUGAAGCUCCUGCUCUUGGGGGCAUCCAAUUCGGGUAAAACCACUUUUUCAAGGCAAUUGCAAUUGAUCCACGGAUCUGGAUACUCGGAGGAUGAACGAAGAGGAUUCAAGUCCAAGAUAUUCCAGCAAGUGAUCCAAGAUUUAUCCGCGAUUCUCCAAGACAUGUCCGACAAUCAAGUGGAGUUCCAAGAUCCACUCAAUACUGAAGUAGCCGACGUGUUCCUCAAGAUUUCGAACCAAAUCAUGCAAGGCUCCAUGAAUACCCGAUUGGGGUUGUUGAUGAUGGAACUCUGGUUAGAUCCAGGUGUCAAGCUAUCCUAUCAACUGUCCUUAAAUUCCAAAGCGGAUGAUUCCACGGCCUUUUUCCUUGAUUCCUUGACCCGUUUGGCCGAUCCCAAUUACAUCCCCAACGAUGAGGAUAUCAUCCGAGUCCGAGUUCCAACCAAGAGCGUUAGUGAGAUCACCUUUCAUGUCAAGGGAAUCCAAUUCAUGGUGACUGAGAUCGGUGGAUUUGGCUGUGAACGGGGGAAAUGGAUCAGCUACUUUGAUGACGUUAGUUCGGUUAUCUUUUUAGCCGCCAUAAGUGACUUUGGCCAGGUUCCAAGCGGAGGGAUUGAGGAAUCCUUGAACUUAUUUGAAUCAAUUUGUAAUGCUCCCACAUUCAAAGAUAUCUCAAUGAUUUUGUUCUUGAAUAAGAUGGAUUUGUUCCUGAAGAAGAUCCAGGCCGGUGCUCGGGUCAUGACGGCCUUUUCCAAUUAUGACGGCGUGGAAGGGGAUGCCAAGGCCAUGGCAUUAUUUGCCUUGAAGCAGUUUAUGGACAGGAAUCAAACCCCUGCCAAACUGAUCUAUGCCCAUUUCUCGUGUGCAAUUGAGACAUCCUCCAUGAGGUUCCUCUUUUCCGCCCUCACUGACAUGAUUAUUCGGUCCCAUCUCGCAACUUGUGGAAUGUACUAG